AUGCCACACCUACGAGCAGUGGAGCUGCCGUUGCAGCUAGCGAGGUCACUCGCGAAGGCCAAACAGCCCGAGCAUGAGCCCCCGGAAGGUAGCGGCUCAGGACGAUCACUACCCAUGCCUCUCCUCGUGAUGUCGACACUUGCCGCAUUCUUCGCAACCCUCUUCUCCGUCUUUCUCAUCUGGAAACAGCUCAAGAACUAUCGCAAGCCUACUCUGCAGCGCUAUGUCGUCCGUCUCCUUCUAAUGGUACCGAUCUACUCUAUUGCAUCGGUCAUCUCACUCUACUCGCUUCAGCUAGCCGACAUCAUCGACCUCUUCCGCGACCUCUACGAAGCAUUCGUCAUCUACUGUUUCUUCAACCUUCUAAUCGAGUAUCUCGGCGGAGAGCGCAGUCUCAUUGUUCUUCUCCAUGGUAGAAGACCACAGGAACACAUCUUCCCUGUCAACCUCCUCUUGCAUGACAUGGACGCAUCGGAUCCAUAUACCUUCCUUGCGCUCAAACGUGGCGUCCUGCAAUACGUUCAGGUCAAACCUGUUCUCGCAGUAGCAACACUCGUCCUAAAAGCUGCUGGAAAGUACGAAGAGGGCAAAAUCUCACCAACCAACGGCUACACAUGGGUGUCUUUCGCCUACAACCUUUCCGUCUUUCUCUCGCUCUACUGUCUAGGCAUGUUCUGGAAGUGCCUCAACGACGAUCUCAAGCCUUUCCGUGUUACGUCCAAGUUCCUCUGCAUCAAAGGCAUCAUCUUUUUCUCCUUCUGGCAGGGUCUUGGUAUCUCGAUUCUCGUUGCUGCUGGACUGAUUAAGAAAGUCGGACCGGUUUAUGACCCAGAGUACAUCUCAAUGGCCAUUCAAGACUUCAUGAUCUGUUUGGAGAUGCCCAUCUUCGCACUUGCUCACGCAUACGCCUUUUCGCACACAGACUAUAUCGAUCCAUUCGCACACUUUGCAGCUCGACUACCCGUCUACUACGCUCUACGAGACUGCAUUGGCAUGUACGACGUCUUCUCUGACAGUCUCACCACCGUCCGAGGCACCGGAUACGUCUAUCAAACCUUCGAACCGAGCGAAGGAGUGAUCCAUCAACCGCUUGCUCGUGAACGCAGAUCCAAAGCCGGUCUGCGCUAUACACAAGGAGGCAAAGGCAAGUACUGGCUGCCUCAACGAGGCACGGGCGAUAUACGCGAUGCCACCCGAGGCGCCCGUCACCAGGGUCCACUCAAGAAGCUCCGCAGAUACAUCAAUGACAAACGCAUGCAGCUUGAAGGUCAUGCCCCCCUCACUCCCGCUGAAGCCGACGAAAUCGUGCACGAAGAUCCAGACCUAGCUCAGGAACAAGAACAUUCUGAACGAAGCCCUCUCCUGCGCCAUCCGAGAGACGCAGCUCGAAGUGCUGUACGGCACGCAGGUGAAGGGCUGGACUUCUUUGCUGAGCGACAGCUUGAUUCGGAUGAGGAGGCAGAGGACUUGAGGUUCGACGAUCCGGAUGAGGAUGAGGAAGAUGCAUAUAAGCGUUCAAGAGCGCUCAACUUUGGUGAUUACGCAUAUCCUAACAUUGACAUCAUGCGUGAGCAGGCGAGGAAUAAUCGGUGGGAGCAGGAUGAUGAUAUUGUGCACAGAAGGAAACGGAGAGGUACAAUUUCGAAGAAGGAUAAGGGUGCGCUUGAUAAAGCUCGUCAAGAGGUGCGAGAGUUUGAGAAUGGGGUAGAGGGGAGCUCGAAUCGUGGUCCUUCGCAAGGUAGUGGAAAGGACGCACAGGGAGCUAAUGGCGUUAGGGAUGGAAUAGCGAAGGGUAAAGCGAAGGGUAAAGCAAAGGGCAAAGCGGGUGAUGGGAAUGUAAAGGAGGGCAAAAAGUCAAGCAAAGACGGUAAGGACGGCGAGAGCAAGGACGAGGCCGAGAAGCGCAAGUCCAAGUCGCCGUGGCUUUCAUGGGAUCGAGAGCCAGACGACUCACCCGAAGCUUCCGAGGACAACUCCAAACCCAAGGAAGGUUCUAAGCAGAACGGCUCUGCUGAAACCCCUCCGAAACAAGACGACAAAUGUAAAGACUCGGAGGAGGAAAAGGAGCCAGAAGAACACAACCCAUACGGAGCAGUCGAUCUCGUUAUCGAAGACUACAAAGCCGAAGAACGCGAGCGACUUCUCGAACGACGUCGUGGUGACCCAGCGCUACGCGCAGGCAAAGGAACCCGCAUUUUCAAAAAGCAAUACAUCCCUACACCACCUCACUCUGGCUCUUCCACUCCCAACACCGAACACGCCCCUUCUUCCACAAAGCCGCCGCACAAGGUGAUCGAAAGAGACGGCUCACCAUCAACACCGCUCAACCCUCCUUCGUCUACUGCUGCUGCUGUUACCGUUCAGUCCAGCUCCACGGACGGUAAGAAGAAAGAGAAGAGUGGGGGAGGAAAGAAAGUCAAUGUUCAACUGGAGAACUCGACCAAGCACGGCACAGCGAAGAACAGCGGCGAUAAAGAAGGAGAUGUGCUGUUGAGUAGUAGAAUUGAUGUGGAGGAGAACGAGGCUUUUCUGCACGGAAGAGUGCUUUCUCCCGUUCAGAACGGUAGAGUGGAUGAAGAGGAUGCUGAGAAUCCGUGGGCGUAG